AUGGAUGAAAGUGGUCAUGUACGAUAUUUAGGAAGAUCAUCUGGAUUCUAUUUACUUCAAAACAGUCGUACUUAUCAAAAUGGCGUCUUCCACUUUUCUGGUUAUGGGCACAAACUUUCUUCCUCCGCUGAUAAAUCUAAUCAUCAUGUUGACCCCCUUGCAUUACCUCCCAAAGACUUGUCUGAACAUUUGGUGCGACUUUAUUUUGAGCAUUUUUAUCCAUUGCUCCCGUUAUUUUACAAACGUCAAUUAGUCUCUUCUAAUGAUAUGGAUGAAUCAUUAUCUCCCUUGUUACUGAAUGCUAUCUAUGCUGUUGCCUCCCGUCUUUCUUCUGAUGUCCGUGUGCGAUCUGAUCCUAAUUCACAAGACACCGCAGGUGAUAUUUUUUUUGAACGUGCAAAAUGUUUACUGGAUGAUUACUACGAUGUACCCCGAAUAUCAACUGUUCAAGCUCUUCUUUUAUUGUCAAGUCAUCAACAAGGUGCAAUGAAAUCUGCUCGUGCAUGGCUUUAUUGUGGAAUGGCUUUUCGAAUGGCUCUUGAUCUUGGAUUACAUCGAAAUUCGGAACAUUGGAAUAUCCCUCCUGAAGAACGAGAAAGAAGAAAACGAGUCUUUUGGUGUUGUUUUAUUGUGGAUCGAUUGACUACUGCUAUUUAUGGACGUGCACUUUGCUUUGAAGAACGGGAUAUCGAUGUACCUUUUCCAUCUGUGGAUGAUGAUGAGCCAAUACAAACAGAAACGAAUCAACCUGGACCUAGGAUAUUGGACACAUUCAUUCAUUGUAUCAAACUAUGUGAUAUACUGGGUCAUGUUUUGAAAAAUAUUUACUACGCAAAAGCUCGACAUCAUACAUCUGGUCAACAUGUGGAUCAUGUACUCAAAACACUUCAUCGACAACUAACAGAAUGGCUUUCUCAUCUACCAACGUCUUUACAAUACAAACUUCCGGAUACUGAAAUAGGUGAAACUGUACCUGAUCCUCCUCUCGCUAUUGGACAACUUCAUAUGAUCUAUUAUACUACCAUGAUCUUACUUCAUCGAUCAUUUAUUCCUGGACCUUCUCAGGCUGUUGAAUCUCAAUUAUCUCUUCCUUCCUACGAUCUUUGUGUGUCCGGUGCUAGAUCUAUUCUCAACAUCAUUAACAUUAUGCUAGGGGAAAAACAUAUACGGUAUGUGGUAAAUUACUCGGUUUAUUUUGCCUUUACUGCUGGAAUUAUAUUUAUCAAAAUGGCAUCCUCCUCUGAUGAAUUCAAUACAGCUUUUGAUGCCAAAGUGAAUGUCAACAAAAUCAUGCGUGCUUUGGAUGAAAUGGAACAUACAUGGAUGAAUGCCAGCCGAUGUUGCAAUAUUCUUGGUGAACUAGCUGGAUUACGGGAUAUCAAUUUGGAAUGUGAUGAAUACGUACCUAGACGACUUAGUAAAGCAGCAAGCCCACCUCCUGCGAUUGCGGUUCCCAAUUCUCCAGAACCAACUAUGUUAGAAGAACGUACAAAUACGACUGAACAACUUUCAAUAGAAUCUUACAAUGAUAUACCAGCAACCACACAAUCAUCGUCAUCAUCAUCAUCAUCAUCAAAUUCAAAUGAUCUUCACUAUAAAAGCGAUAAUGAUAAUGAUAAUGACAAGAUGGAGACGAAUUAUCUCACACCCAAUGACAACCAACAACAAACGUUCAUGUCAGCCAUGACAGCAACAUCGAAUAUGGAUCCAUUUGCUGCACCUGGUAGUGUAAUCAUACCUGAACAAUCAACACAGCAACAACAACAACAACAACAACCGGCAAAAUUUGAUCCUUUUGGUACAGCUUUCUGGGGUGUACCAACAUCUUUGGAUGCGGAAGAAUGGAAUCAAUAUUUUGCACAAGGAGUCUCUACACCCACAUCGUUACAACCUGGAACAAGACCUUUAGAGCAUGCGACAUUGCUUUCUUCUUAUGAUAUCACCUCCUCUCAUGUACCUUCUUUUUACACUCCAUCAUCAUCACCAUCCACUUUAUUUACUCAACAACAACAACAUCAUCAUUUAGCAUCUCUAUCUUCAUCAACCACUUUAACACCAUCUUCAACAUCAUCGUCAUCAUCAUCAUCAUCAACGAUUGCUAAAAAGGAAAUGGACAUAUUAGGCAAUACAACAUCUUCAAUGUCAUCACUUCCACUAUCUAACAAUCCUGCUCAAAGUUACUUACUAGGGUAUGGCAAUCAUCAUCAACAACCAUGA